AUGGCGUCUCCCAGGCUCAAGCGCUCCGACCCUCGCCUGCUCUCCCAGUUCUUCUUCGCCGACGAGCGGGUGACGCGGGUGGUGGCCGAGAUCAACGGGCUGGAUGCCGAGCUGGACCCGCAGCAGUACCUGGUGCUCCUCAACCAGCUCCACCUCAGCCAGGCUCACCUGCUGGCCAUCCUGGAGCGGAUCAUGGAGGAAUGCAUCCCCACGCAGCGGCACAGCCGCGAUUACCUGGUGAAAUUCCCCGAGGAACUCUUGGUGGACAACCUGGGGAACCAUAUGCUGUUUGCCGCCGAGUGUCUCCUGGCCGGGACCUUCCUGGAUGUGGAGGAGGCGGACGGGGCGCAGCUGCGGCCCCAGGCCAGGAACCUGCUGUGCAGCCUGGAGCUGGUGCGGACGGUGCUGCGGGAGCAGAGCCUGAGCCAGCCCGGCUCCUACCCGGAGCCCGUCCGGGCUGUGCUCGUCCAGUUCGACCGGCUCUUUGCAGAGUUCGAGUUGAGAGCCCUGUGCCUGGGCUACCUGACCCAGGAGAUGAUCGAUGGCUAUGAACCGCUGCUGAUGUUCACCAUCCCUCGCCUGGCCAUUAUCAGCGGCCUCCUCAUCUACCCCGAGGGUCCCCUCAGCCUGGAGCGGAGCCCUGAGCAGAUGUCCCGGGUCUUCAGCCCCUUCUACAACCUCCUGAAGAAGAUCAGGUACGCGGCGGGGGGCGAUGGGCGGUUGGAACGGUUGCCCCCGCCCGCCGGUGGCGGGGAACGGGCGCGGGCUGACAGCUUGGAUUCAUCCCAGCUCUCUGAGGCCUCCGAGGGAGAGGACGCAGAGAUAGAGGUGGAUGGCACGGUGUUCGGCGGGGACCUGCUGCCCGCCUUCGGCACUGGGAGGGACCACAGCUACUGCGGCCCCACGUCCUGA